CCGAGAGAGAAACAGACCUCAUCUCUGUGGUUCACAGUCCCUCUCAUUGGUUAGCACAGCCUCUUCAAACCAACUCAGCUACUCAACCGAGGAGAUCAAUAAAUCAUAACGAUUUUCGCUCGUCGAGUAGCCUACAGAGUGAAAAACAAAAAUACUGCUACGUUCGGAUCUGCUGUAAUAGUUUCUGGAUCAGGUAUAACUGUCCACAAAAGCAGGAACGAAGGAAAAAUCGACAGGGGACGACGAGAGGCCUUGUGUUUACUUUUCAAAAUUUUCGCCAACUUUGCCCUCCAACCUAACUUUAGCAUGAUGUCGUAUCUUAAGCAACCACCUUACACAGUCAAUGGACUGAGCCUAAGUACCUCCGGAAUGGAUCUGCUUCACCCGUCUGUUGGAUACCCAGCAACGCCUCGGAAGCAAAGACGGGAGCGGACUACUUUCACCCGCGCUCAGCUCGACGUCUUAGAGGCUCUUUUCGCCAAAACUCGUUACCCUGACAUAUUCAUGCGCGAGGAGGUGGCCUUGAAGAUCAACUUACCGGAGUCCCGCGUACAGGUCUGGUUUAAGAACCGAAGGGCGAAGUGCCGCCAGCAGCAACAACAGCAGCAGAACGGCGGCCAGAAUAAAGUUCGACCGGCCAAGAAGAAAAGUUCCCCAGCCAGAGAAGCGAGCUCAGAGAGCGGGGCGAGCGGCCAGUUCACACCUCCUUCCAGUACCUCAGUCCCAACCAUUUCCACCAGUAGCGCGCCGGUGUCGAUCUGGAGUCCGGCUUCAAUUUCUCCCCUAUCUGAUCCUCUCUCUACCUCUUCCUCCUGCAUGCAAAGAUCAUAUCCGAUGACUUACACGCAGGCAUCAGGAUACAGCCAGGGCUACGCUGGAUCUACUUCUUAUUUCAGCGGGAUGGACUGCGGUUCUUAUCUCACUCCGAUGCAUCACCAGCUCUCUGGGCCCGGCUCUACCCUUAGUCCAAUGAAUACUAACGCAGUCACAAGUCACCUCAACCAGUCUCCCGCAUCCCUCUCCACCCAGGGCUACGGAGCCUCGGGUUUGGGGUUCAACUCCACUGCGGAUUGCUUGGAUUAUAAAGACCAAGCGGCUUCCUGGAAGCUGAACUUCAAUGCUGAUUGCUUGGAUUAUAAAGACCAGACCUCGUCAUGGAAAUUCCAAGUUUUGUGAGACGAACAAUCAUAAGCGAUUAAUAAUAACAGAUGAAAACGAUAACAAAGUAAACAUGUAGUCCUGCCGUCAUUCAACCAGUAUGUGCAUAAAGACUGAACAUUCCGAGUUAGUCAGGUAUGGGAUGCAAAAAUCUGUCGCCCCCAGUAGCCCGCAAAAUCGUUACCCUUAUUUAAGGUGAGAAAUUUAAGAACAUUCAAACAUUUCCCCAGCACAUUUUUUCAUUAACCUCGCGGGGCACAAACAUGCAGCCUCAUCGUUUUUCUGUGUGUGUCUGGGUGCGUAUCUGUCUGUCCGCUUACGGCACCUGUUGGUUAAUUUAAGGAAAACUUGGAGUGAACUCUUAGUAACUUUGAUCAAUGCCACGGAACAAAUCGUUAUCCAACAGGAAAAAAAUGAUCAAGAAGAGCCAAUCCUUGGUUAAGUGCUUGGAAUGGGCAGGCAUUCCUUAAGCUUCUUAAAGACUGCCGAGCCACUUCCUGGUUGGAAAGCAGAGGGACCGUUUGAUCAGGACGGUGUGUGGACUGCGCGCCCCCGAGGCGACCUGGAUGCACUACUUUAUUUAAGAAAAAAUGUUUAUAAGGAAUCAAUAUGUAGUUUUUAAGAGACAAUCAGUGUGUGUCUUAUAUAAAUGGUACAUAUGUGUUUUUUAUCUGUGCUAGCCUUCGAAACUGUGAUCUGUUGUAUUGUAUGCAAUUCGUGAGCUUCUUCGCAUCCGCGGGGACUCUGCUGUGAUUUUAAUAGGUUUAUAACUUUUUUGAACGGAAAAGUAUUAAUAUUGAUUUAAAAAACAAGGCUGCCCAAACCCCAAGAGUGUCGGUGCUUGGAAGAAGACGUUUGACUGCUAAAAAGCCUUUAUGUACUUGCACCGCCUCACUUCUUUGAUAACACACUGAUCGCAUAUCAUGGACCUUAACGUGGCUCAGAUGGUAUAGUGUGGUUCGCCAGUGAACAGAAACAGUGGACACAAAUAAAGGUCGUUUGAUCUGACCCUUCAAAAAUGACUAUUUAAUUCCAGCUGGAUUUUUGUGUGUGUGUUUGGCAAUGUUGAUAGAAUAUUAUAUAUAAGUAUAUAUGCAUAAACACCAUCAUUGGACUUCGCACCUGUAUGCAUUAAAGUCGUUCUAGCACAA